AUGGAGUUUGAAUCAACAGAUAUCAACUUUUCCGUCUCUUGGCUCCUGGGUCUCAAGCCCAAAUCCACGUAUCCUCCAUGGGCACGAGACUUUAUGACAGAUGAACCCCGUUUCCUUGUGAGCCGCCUUCUCGGCCUGCUUCCCAGUCGCAAGCCCCGCCGCCGGCUGAGAAGGAGGCGUUGUCGUUCCAAGCUUGUAAUCCCUUCGACAGAACCCAUCGUGGAGGAUGACCAAGAUGCUGUGGAUGAGGACAUGGAUGUCUUUGGCCUUGGGAAGUUGUAUGGCGACAUUCCUUACGAAACUGAAGAUGAUUCUGAUUCGGAAUCUGAGGAUGCACCUGCGGUCGAAGAGGAGCCUCCCGUGUUAGCAGAGCCAGAAUUCCUCAGGCUUUGCAAAAACAUGGAAGAGCUCCUCGAUGAUAUUGAAAGGGCUCAUCUUGAAGAGAACGACGACUCUGACAACGAAUCGAUUGACGGCCUAGAACCCGAAGACUGCCAAGACGAAUCCCCGUCGAGAAUUGAAUGGCUACGACAGAAAACGGUAGAAAAAGUAGAAAACAAAUACCUGGACCGAAUCAUGUCUCUACCGGGUUUGGAGGAAGCCAAGGCUUUCUUCCUACAGACAAGAGCCAAAGUAAAGGCCGCCCAAAGACGUGAAACCGAUUUGAGCAAGGAAAACUUUGAUGUGGUUUUCAUGGGCAACGAGGGUACUGGCAAGACGAUGCUGUCCCGACUCUAUGCUAAAUACCUUAUAUCUCUCGGGGUUGUCAAGAAGUCUGGCGUCUUCGCAGGUAUCAACCGAUUCUCGGCAUACAACUUGUCUAAAACAUCAACGUUGGCCACAAUCCACAACACCUGCAACGCGUGUGGCGGCUGUAUUGCCAUCAUUGACCAUGCUCAUUUGAUGAACGGCGACGACAGCAACCUCUGGAGUCUUUAUGUCAGGUCCCAAGAUCUACCCGGGAAAGUAGUAUUGAUUUUCGCUGGCAAUGGCGAAUGGGGCCUAUCAGACUUGAUGGGCUAUAGUGCCGAGGUUUCGAGUCACUUUCCCAUUCUAAAAUUGCCGAACUACACUGCCCACGAGCUGCGCAUGGUUUUCCAUGGCAUGAUGCGGAAAUGGUUCAAAAACAGGAUGGAAGUCGAGGGCGGUUAUGACGGCCUCUAUGUCAAGAUUCUGAUCCGAAGAAUCACGUCGGAUGCGAAUGGCAAGACCUUUGGCAACAUUUGGCCUGUCAGAAAGGCAUUCCUCGAAGCCUGCAGACGACAACUUGAACGUUUCAUACAAGCCAGGAAGACCGGUAAUUAUUUGGAGGAUUACCUGAUCACAAAGGAUGACCUCUUGGGCAACAGACCCUCGCUUGGUCCUGACAAGAGCCCUGCCUGGAAGGAGCUCCAAGAACUCGUCGGUCUGGACGAUGUGAAGGAAUCUAUUCUCUCUGUGGUAAGCCAAGUGAACCAAAACUUCAUUAGAGAGAUGCGCGGUGAUGAUCCCUUGCACGUUUCCCCCAAUCGUGUUUUCUUGGGACCGCCUGGCACCGGUAAAACUACAGUCGCAAAACUUUAUGGUAAAGUUCUAGCAGAUUUUGGACUUCUAUCAAAGGGCGAUGUCAUCACCAAGACCCCAGCGGAUCUCCUGGACCGCUAUAUCGGAGGUUCUGAGAACAACACUAAAGAGGCGUUGCGAGAAGCCAAGGGAAAUAUCUUGAUCAUUGACGAUGCCCAUAUGCUUGACCCUGGUACGAAUGGUAGUAGUGGUAGCUCUAAGAACGGCGACUUCAGAGGCGCUAUCAUCGAUACCAUUGUGGCAGAGGUUACUGGUGCCGCUGGAGAGGACCGAUGCGUCAUCCUCUGCGGGUACCCAGAGCAGAUGAAGGAGAUGUACGCAAACACAAAUCCUGGUUUGGCACGAAGGUUUCCUCUGGACGCAGCAUUUGUUUUCGAAAACUUCAGCGAGGAGACACUGGGCAAAGUAUUGGACCUCAAGUUGGCAAAGGAGAAGCUGAUCACCACCGAAAAGGCGCGAGAAGUUUCCAUGGAGGUCUUGAAGCGAGCUUCCGUUCGACCAAACUUUGGCAAUGGAGGCGAGGUGGACAACCUGCUGUCAAAGGCCAUUCUGGCCCGGUCCCGUCGCAUUGCUAAAGAGAGAAAGUCUGAUGACGAAGAUCUUGACGCUGUUCCUCUGGAGCCUCAGGACUUCGAUGCCGACUAUGACCGCUUAUCACACGCUGUGAAAAAUACCCGGGCAUUGUUUGAUGAGUUUGUUGGGUUCGAAGAGAUUAUUUCCAAGUUCGAAUCAUACCAGUACAUGGUACAAGGUAUGCGGAUGCGCAAUGUUGACCCACGGCCGUACGUGCCAUUCACCUAUGUCUUCAAGGGACCUCCUGGAACUGGAAAGACGUCGACCGCACGGAAACUCGGCGAGAUCUUUUACAACAUGGGCUUGCUUGCCGCACCUGAUGUUAUAGAUGCCUCAGCGUCACAGCUUGUCGGCGAGUAUUGCGGCCAAACUGGUCCCAAGACGCGUCGUCUGCUUGAAUCGGCUCUCGGUAAAGUCCUUUUUAUCGACGAGGCCUACAGACUCAACGGUAGUCGCGGAUCAUUCGCUGAAGAGGCAGUGAGCGAGCUAGUGGACGCAGUGACGAAGCCACAGUUUGCGCGCAAGCUUAUCAUCGUUCUGGCAGGCUAUGAAGAGGACAUGGACCGACUUCUGCGCAGUAACCAAGGAAUCAAGAGUCGAUUUGCUACCGAAUUCACUUUCCGUCCUAUGCGAACCGAACAGUGUAUCGAGCAGCUCAGACAGGUUGUUGGAAAAGUCGGCAUUACUAUCCAGUCAACGCCCGAGAUGGAGACCAGUAUCCGCACGUCUCUAUUCUCCCUCCUGCAACGUCUGAGUAAUGAUAAGGGAUGGGCGAGUGGCCGCAGUAUUGAAACUCUCGGCGAGCAACUGAUUGCUCAGAUCUUCAAGGAAUGUGCGAUCAAUAACUUCACAGGCAAAGACUUGUUUGUCACAGGUCGCCAGUUGGUGACUAUACUUGGAAAAGCAUCUGGCGUUCCCUAUGCCAGCAUUAGGAUGCCUGGAGUCCAGGCUCCCAUGGGUGCUAAGGUGAUGACGCUUAAGGACCUUGAGACCUCGGAGUAA